ACAUUAAUGCGUCGUAUAGGCGCUCACGGUUACGGCACAUGACUGUGACCGUGAAACGGCACUUUGCUCCAAAGGCAUACUUCAAGAAGUUCGAGAAUAAAAACCCUAGCAAUUUUACCCGAAUAAUCGAAUUAAGGUUUUAGUUAAAUCUCGACUUCAUCGUGAGAUCUGAAGAUAUGUUAUCCGCAUUAAGAUCCAGGGUAUUUCAAUCAUCCUCUUCAUCUUCUUCUGGUAUUCAGUCGUGGAAAUUAGGGUUUAAUCGAUUAAUAUCAUCAUCACCAUCACCAUCUUCUUCUUACGAUGAGAGUUCAGGGUAUCUAGAGUUAGAAGAAGUAGAGAAGACUCUCAUUGAUGUUAAAGCAGAUAAUAUAAAAGUCAUUCCUGUUAAGGAUCAAUGUGAUUGGACAGAUUUCAUGGUUAUUGCUACUGGUAGAUCAACUUGGCAUGUCAGGAACAUUGCUGAAGCUCUAAUUUACAAGGUAAAAAAGAAACAAGAAGGGUUUGAAAGAUUACUGUUGCCCAGUGUACAAGGUCAAGAAGGAGGAAAAUGGAUUGUUAUUGAUUCUGGUAAAAUAGUAGUUCAUGCUCUUGAUGAGAAGGCAAGAGAGUACUAUAAUUUGGAAGGUCUAUAUACAAAAGAGGCGCUUGCAAAGAGGGUUCCGGAUCAGGAUUUGGACGGUGCUUUUGUCAAAGUUCGUCCAAUUAAUAAUUCUAAGAAGAAGAAGCCUGUGCAGAAGACUGCUGAAAGUGGAUUUGUCAGCUUUAUUAGCUAGAGAGAUUCAUCUCAGUUUGUCCAAGAAUAUACUGAACUUGGUUGGCAUCUUGAAAAUUAUAUUCAAGUAUUGCUCUUUGUUUCUUGUAAGUCUAUUACUAGUGUGUGUUUUCUUGAAAACUAGUUUUCCUUUUUUCUUUCUGGAUCAUGCAUUUCUUUGUUUGCUUCUAUGUGUAUGGACGUAUGGUUUAACCUGUACCUGUAAAUUAUUCGGUAGAUACUGAACUCAUAUUUAACGCGUAACUGCAUUUUUUUUUCCUCCAACUA